GUCUUAAAGAAUGCGUUCCAGAAGCAGUGACAUUGAGGGCUCAGCCCAAAAGCAGGUUCCAAGACAUACUAAAGACCACAGUUUCCUGGGCAUGAAACAUAGGAAGCAAGAGAAAGACCCCACCAGUGCAUCAGAUGCAUUCCCGUCACAUCUCAAGUCAGAUAAGUCACAAGGUGGCAAUGGCCACCAAGCAGAAGACCUCUCAAGAGAUGAUCUGUUAUUUCUCCUCAGCAUUAUGGAGGGAGAACUGCAGGCUAGAGAUGAAGUCAUAGGUAUUUUAAAGGCUGAAAAAAUGGACUUGGCUUUGCUGGAAGCUCAGUAUGGGUUUGUCACUCCAAAAAAGGUAUUGGAGGCUCUUCAAAGAGACGCUUUUCAAGCAAAAUCUGCCCCUUGGCAGGAGGACAUCUAUGAGAAACCAAUGAAUGAGCUGGACAAAGUCGUGGAAAAAUAUAAAGAAUCUCACAGGAGAAUCUUGGAACAACUUUUGAUGGUAGAAAAAUCCCACAGGCAAACCAUAAUGGAGCUGGAGAAAGAAAAGAUAAAACACAAAGAAUACAUGGAGAAGAGUGAUGAAUGCAUGAGCUUAUUAGAACAGGAAUGUGAAAGAUUAAAGAAGUUGAUUGAUCAAGAAACUGAGUCCCAGGAGAAGAAGGAGCAAGAAGAGGAAAAGCUGAAAGAAGAGCUGACCAAGCUGAAGUCUUUUGCUUUGAUGGUGGUGGAUGAACAACAAAGGCUGACAGCACAGCUAGCCCUUCAAAGACAGAAAAUCCAAGAUCUGACCACAAGUGCAAAGGAAACACAUGCUAAAUUGGCUCUUGCUGAAGCCAGAAUUCAAGAAGAAGAGCAGAAGGCAACCAGACUAGAGAAAGAACGGCAAACCCAGACCACAAAGUUUCAUCAGAACCAAGACAAAAUUAUGGCAAAGCUCACCAACGAGGACAGUCAAAAUCGCCAGCUCCGACAAAAACUGGCAGCCCUCAGCCGGCAAAUUGACGAGUUAGAAGAAACAAACAGAUCCUUACGAAAAGCAGAAGAGGAGCUUCAAGAUAUAAAAGAAAAAAUCAACAAAGGAGAAUAUGGAAACAUUGGUAUACCGGCUGAGGUGGAGGAGCUCAGGAAACGUGUGUUAGAUAUGGAAGGGAAAGAUGAAGAGCUCAUAAAAAUAGAGGAACAGUGUAGAGAUCUCAAUAAGAGGCUUGAAAAGGAAACCACACAGAGUAAAGACUUUAAACUGGAGGUUGAAAAACUCAAUAAAAGGAUUAUGGCUCUGGAAAAAUUGGAAGAUGCUUUCAACAAAAGCAAACAAGAAUGUUACUCUUUGAAAUGCAGCUUAGAAAAAGAAAAAAUGACCACAAAACAGUUGUCUCAAGAACUAGAGAGUUUAAAAGUGAGAAUCAAAGAGUUAGAAACCAUUGAAAAUAGGCUAGAAAAGACAGAGUUCACCCUAAAGGAGGAUUUAACUAAAUUAAAAGCAUUAACUGUGAUGCUUGUAGAUGAACGGAAAACAAUGAGUGAAAAGUUAAAGCAAACUGAAGAUAAAUUACAAGCUGCUGCUUCUCAGCUUCAGGUGGAGCAAAAUAAAGUAACAACAGUUACUGAGAAAUUAAUUGAAGAAACUAAAAGGGCACUCAAGUCCAAAACUGAUGCAGAAGAAAAGAUGUAUAGUGUAACCAAGGAAAGAGAUGAUCUUAAAAAUAAGCUGAAAGCAGAAGAGGAGAAAGGAAAUGAUCUCCUGUCAAAAGUUAGUAUGUUGAAAAGCAGGCUCCAAUCACUUGAAGCAACUGAGAAAGAUUGUCUUAAAAAUCAAUUAAAUCAAGACUCUGGUAAAUCCACAACAGCAUUACACCAAGAAAACAAUAAGAUUAAAGAGCUCUCUCAAGAAGUGGAAAGACUGAAACUGAAACUAAAGGAUAUGAAAGCCAUUGAGGAUGACCUCAUGAAAACAGAAGAUGAGUAUGAGACUCUAGAACGAAGGUAUGCUGAUGAAAGAGACAAAGCUCAAUUUUUAACUGAAGAGCUAGAACAUGUUAAAAUGGAACUUUCCAAGUACAAGUUAGCAGAAAAGACAGAGUCCAGCCAUGAACAAUGGCUUUUUAAAAGGCUUCAAGAAGAAGAAGCUAAGUCAGGGCAUCUCUCAAGAGAAGUGAAUGCAUUAAAAGAGAAAAUUCAUGAGUACAUGGCAACAGAGAACCUAAUAUGCCACCUCCAGGGAGAUCACUCAAUUCUGCAAAAGAAACUAAAUCAACAAGAAAACAGGAACAGAGAUUUAGGCCGAGAGAUUGAAAACCUCACUAAAGAAUUAGAACGGUACCGGCAUUUUAAUAAGAGCCACCGGCUUAGUCUCAAUGGAAGAAGAAUCUCUGACCCUCAAGUAUUUUCUAAAGAAGUCCAAACAGAAGCAGUAGACAAUGAACCACCAGACUAUAAGAGUCUCAUUCCUCUAGAACGAGCAGUCAUCAAUGGUCAGUUAUAUGAGAGUGAGGACCAGGAUGAGGACCCUAAUGAGGAGGAAUCUGCACUGUCCUUCAAAUGCAACCCAUCAACUCCCCUUCCUGUAAAUAGGAAGCUAUGGAUUCCUUGGAUGAAAUCUAAGGAGGGCCCUCAGAAUGGAAAAAUACAAACUAAACCAAAUGGCAACUUUGUACAACCUGGAGACCUAGUUCUAAGCCAUACACCUGGGCAGCCACUUCAUAUAAAGGUUACCCCAGACCAUGUCCAAAAUACAGCUACUCUUGAAAUCACAAGUCCUACCACAGAGAGUCCACACUGUUAUACAAGUACUGCAGUGAUUCCAAACUGUGGCACCCCAAAGCAAAGGAUAACUAUUCUCCAAAACGCCUCCAUAACAGCAAUGAAGUCCAAAACUUCUACCGAAGGCCUCAUAAAUUUAGAGCAAGGCAUGUCCCCAAUUACCAUGGCAACCUUUGCCAGAGCACAGAUCCCAGAGUCUUGUGAUUCUAUAACUCCAGAAAGGACAAUGUCACCUAUUCAGGUUUUGGCUGUGACUGGCUCAACUAGCUCCCAUGAGCAGGCACACUCCCCAGAGCCAAUAGAAAUCAAUGCCAAGCAUGCAAUUUUCAGAGUUUCCCCAGACAGACAGUCAUGGCAGUUUCAACGUUCAAAUAGUAAUAGUUCAAGUGUUAUAACUACUGAGGAUAAUAAAAUCCACAUUCACUUAGGAAGUCCUUACAUGCAAGCUGUGGCCAGCCCUGUGAGACCUGCCAGUCCGUCAACACCACUACAGGAUAACAGAACUCAAGGCAUGACUAAUGGGACACUAAACAAAACAACCAAUAAAGUCACCAGCAGUAUUACUAUCACACCAACAGCCACAACUCUUCCUCGACAAUCACAAAUUACAGUAAGUAAUAUAUAUAACUGACCACCCUCACUCUCAUCUACUCCAUACUGAUAUUCUUGCAAGGAACUCAUUAUUUUUUUAGUGAUCCUUCCACAUCCCCCAAAGGACUGAAUGAGCUUGUACUUUGGGAAGGUUUGUGCAUGAACUAUUCAAGAGUAUCUAAAACUAAAUAUUGCCUGCAUAGUCAUAUCAAGUGUGCACUUACUGUAUAUCAUCAUUUACAUAUCUGUAUGGAAAAUAAAUAUUUAGUCUGCACUUCUAUAAAUACAUCUCCAUGUAUUUCAUUUUCCAUA